GGCCGCUCGGCUGUUUCCGCGAGGGCCGCGGGGCGCGCUCGGCCGUUCCCGCCGCCCGGCGGGCGCUCGGGUGUUUCCGUGAGCGCUCGGGUGUUUCCGCGCGGGGGCCGCUCGGCGCUCGCUCCCCCGGCUGGCGCUGCUCAGUCGGCCGCUGUCGCCGGGCUGGGAAGCGCCGUGUGUGCGCCGAGUGACGCGGCGGAGGUGUAGUUUGACGCGGUGUGUUACGUGGGGGAGAGAAUAAAACUGCGGCGAGAUCCUGGGCGCGAACGAAAGCAGUGACGGAGCAGCCUGGUAACCGGUAACUAAAUGACCAUGGAAUCUGGAGCAGAGAACCAGCAGAGUGGAGAUGCAGCCGUUACAGAGGCAGAAACCCAACAGAUGACAGUACAGGCACAACCACAGAUUGCAACGUUAGCCCAGGUAUCUAUGCCAGCAGCCCACGCCACGUCUUCUGCGCCCACGGUGACGUUAGUUCAGCUGCCCAAUGGGCAGACAGUUCAAGUGCAUGGAGUCAUUCAGGCAGCCCAGCCAUCAGUUAUUCAGUCUCCACAGGUCCAGACAGUUCAGAUCUCCACUAUAGCAGAAAGUGAAGAUUCACAAGAAUCAGUAGACAGCGUCACAGACUCACAGAAACGAAGAGAAAUCCUCUCCAGACGACCCUCCUACAGAAAAAUUUUGAAUGACUUGUCCUCAGACGCCCCAGGAGUGCCAAGGAUCGAAGAAGAAAAGUCUGAAGAGGAAACAGCAGCACCUGCCAUCGCCACUGUCACGGUGCCAACUCCCAUUUACCAAACCAGCAGUGGGCAGUACAUUGCUAUUACUCAAGGAGGAGCAAUACAGUUAUCUAACAAUGGCACAGAUGGGGUACAAGGCCUCCAGACGCUGACUAUGACCAACGCAGCUGCAACCCAACCUGGCACCACCAUUUUACAAUAUGCACAGACCACAGAUGGACAACAGAUACUUGUACCCAGCAACCAAGUCGUUGUACAAGCUGCCUCAGGAGAUGUGCAGACCUACCAGAUUCGCACCGCCCCUACCAGCACCAUUGCACCAGGCGUAGUCAUGGCAUCUUCUCCAGCACUUCCAACCCAGCCAGCAGAAGAGGCCGCACGGAAGAGAGAAGUGCGUCUAAUGAAGAACAGGCACGCAGCACGUGAAUGUCGCCGGAAGAAAAAGGAGUAUGUGAAAUGUCUAGAAAAUCGAGUGGCUGUGCUUGAAAACCAAAACAAGACACUGAUUGAGGAGCUGAAAGCACUUAAGGACCUUUACUGCCACAAAUCAGAUUAAUUUUGGAUUCCAAAUUUCAUUUGUGCAGGUGGGAUAGAGACUGGUUCUGGCUAUACCCAGAAAGACAAAAUAAACUUUUUAUUUUCUAAACAUUUCUUUUUUUCUAUGCGCAAAACUGCCUGAAGCAACUACAGAAUAUACUUCAUCUGUGCUUUGCAUCAAACUGUGAAUGUUCAAGUACUUGCCUCCUCUUCUCCCCCAACAAGAUUAUUUUCUUCAUCAAUCUCAGCAUGAAGAAGAAGAACAGGCUUCUUUCUUGUCUCCCCAUCCUCUUCAAGGAGUAACAGUGGUCACUUGGGAAGUUAUGGUGGGGAGGGUCCUAUUGUAACGAUUUCAAGAAUUUAUGCUGAGCAUUUUCCAUUGCCUUAGAGACAGAAGCACCCCAGCCUCUUGGUCCAGAGAACCAUGGGCCACAUCCGUGGAGCGUGCAUGGUGCGACGAAGAAGCAAUGGUUGCCAAAUUGGUUUCACAUAUUCAUUACGAACUAUAAAAUAUACACGGCUGAGUGGCCUGCCAAAGGAAAGGCGCUUCACUGUCACGUUCUUGGUGUGGAGAUAAUAUACCUUUUCCAAACUAGCCCAGGAGGGGCUUUGAUUUGUAAGGUGUAUUAAGUCCUCCUGGACUAGUGGAAACUGCUCCAUACCUCAGAAACAAGUGCAUUGAAAUGAACUUCGCUGGUCAUUUGUUGCUUUUCAAAGUUUAGUGUGUGCAAGUGUGUUCAGCAUUCUGAGCGCAUAAAAAGCAAACACCAGCUUCACGGGAUAUUGGUUGGGAAAUGAUAUUUGGAUGGAUAAGAAAUUCAGAAUAAAAAAAGUACAAUUCUGACGUUUAGAAAACAGUCACAUACUAAGCAAGUGUAACAUGUGAGCAGUGUGUAUUUGUGUGCAGAACAACUAAGCAGUUGAAGCGUGGCCAUACUCCCUGAUGACGGUGUAGUUUGUGUCCCAAGUCCUCUCAAGCGAUGAGGUUUAUUUCUAUUUCCCUACCACUAUCUUACAUAAUGGAAAUUAUUGCACUCAAUGGAAACAUCUGCCUGGUUUGCUAUGUUCUUUUUCAGACUUUGAGGCUGCCUUCCAUGCAGAAAUUCAGUUGCAGUAUGACAACUACCAGGAUGUCCUCAAAUAUUGAAGAGGACUUCAAACACAAAUAAUCAGCUUCUCUUUUGAAAGAGACAAUAUUAAUUAUUUGAACCUGGCCUGGCUAACUAAAUUCUUAAUUUAUUCGGAGGAUGUUUUUCAUGUAAAGGAUCAAGUUUACCAAGUCGUUUAUUCCUGUGAGUAAAAUUACUCCUGUGCCUCAGACAUUUGCAAGAUCAGGUUUUUUUAUGUGCACUGAGGAAAUGUGUUCUUUCCCAGAUUUACCUUGUUAAAAAGGUAGUUCACGUUUAAAAGCAACUCUGUACUAAGCAUUAGGACUUAAAAGGAGUCGUGCUCAAAAAGAACCAAAAAAGAAUGUCAAGAAAUGAUCAAAAAGAAUGUGUCAAAAAGAAUUGUGUGCAGUUUGUUUAUUGGCCCUCGGAAACCAGUCUCUUGAUACGUUAACUUGGGUCAUUCGAUGGAGUAAGUUCACUUUGGGCUUGUGGUAAAACUCUCAUGUAUAGAGACAUAGGAAUAAGACUCUGGUCUGUACUAACGCCUAGCCUAGGGAAGUAUUAUCUCGUACUUUUUACCCAUUCGUUUACCUGUUUUUAAGAUUAUUUCAAACAUGAGUUUCUAAAAGGUUAUACAGUCAAUGUGAUGUUAUACGAAGAAUGUUUGGAAGACUCUGGGCAGUCGAGUCUCAAACAGCUGAGCAGUAUUAAAUGUUCCAGUUUUCACAUUUGAGAGGGCAUUCAGUUUCCAAGAGACUUUAAAAGGAGCAGGGUUAAACUUGUAGCAUUAUUGUUAAAUCUCGAGUUAUGACUAAUUUCAAAUUAUGUUUGUAUUUCAAGAAGAUAAAAUAAGUAUCACAAUUAUGGAAGAAUUCAUUUUCACAAGUUUUGAGGAGAUUUAUAAAUGAUCUAUUUUUAUUUGCCAUAGAGAAUUGUUUUUCAUGGUUUUAUUUAAUGGAAAAUGAAUUUAUUAGGUUAGCAAUGCAAAUUAAAAGAAGACUCUAAAUUCUCAGCAAUGCUUUUGUAAAAAUUGUGUGAUUCUUAAGGUCAGAGAAUACAUAAAAGGUUACCAGUUUUUCAGAACUAGUGCUGACGUAGAAAUGUUGAUGAAGCAGGAGUCAUUCUUGUAAAGCAUGAAGCUCAUGAUGGCCUGAUUGACACAGCUCUGUGAAAUGGUUCCUCCAGCUUUGAGGAACACAGAGAAGUCUGUACAUGGCUGCGUUAAAGCUGUUUCUUUUGUAGAACCAUCUGUUUGCAAAACUUGAGUUUUUGCAGUGAACCUGAAUGCGUCUGGCUGUGGUCUGAGAGCUGUUCUGGUGGGUAACGAGCACUGUCUAGUGCUGGUGCAGAGUCUCUCAACACAAAGCCUGGGAGCGAACGGACCAGGGAGCCUGGACCGGGGCCUGGACAGGGUUCUUCUGAUACAGAGUCGGUGCAGAUUUAUGCGGCAGCGAGAGAACUGUGUCACUGGUUUGCCUGUGCGUGGUCUGUGAGUAGUCUGUAGUCUUAUUAGUCUAGAAGUCAUUAGCAACUAAAGUUUCAUUAUUUUACAGUACGUAUGAAUCUGUAGGAAUCUUUGUUUUGACUUAUGCUGCACUGAGAAUUUAGAGACUUGAAUGUCUUUAAUGGCAAUUCUAAAUGACAAUAAUAAAAGUAUUAGACCAAGCGCAGGGCUGGCUAGCAUUACCCAUACAAGCUUUACUAUUUAUAUUGACCCAGAAAGGGAAAGAAUAUGACACAGGAACCCAUUCAUAUGUUAUUUACCAUGUAGUGAGGUUGGGGUGAUUGGCUUCUAUAAACUAAGGCCAUAUGGAAGGAGGACAGAAAUUAUGCUGGCAGGGGGGAGGGAGGGUUAGUUUUAUACCUUACGGUUGCGAGUUUUCAAGAAGCGGUAGCCUGGUUUACCUGAAGAGAGGGUUAGAAAGGGCUAGAUCCAUUAUGUUCAUAAUAAACAGGAAUUGAUUUGAAAUAUAAUUUUUGUAAUGUCAUUAUUUUGCAAAACAACAGCACCGAUCAGGCAGUUAAGAUAUUGUCAGAGGUGCUCUUUUAAUUUAGAUAUUCUUGGAAAAUACAUAUGUAUAAUAUAUGUACAUAUAUAUAUAUACACACAGUAUAUAAUCUACGGCUCUGAGAGCUUUUAAGUCAGGAAUGCUGAGUAUUAUAGUAUAUGGAGGUCAGAAAAAAUUUUUACUUUUCUGUGUGUGUCUGGAUGUGUGGAUGCGUGCGUGUGUGUGAAAGCUUCCCCUCACCCCAGUAGUUCUGGGCUGCAUUAUUCUAGCGCUUAUUACUGAUUUGUUUUGUGCUGUUUCUCAGUUACUUAUUUUCAAGAAUUUUAUUUCAUCUUUCAUGGCUUUAGUGAGGUUUGUUUUUGUUUUUUAUUGAUGGAGAUCUUUGAAAUUAUGUAAACAGUUGUUUUACAACAACCACCUCCCCCCAGAAUAAUUCACUGUUGUGCUUUUUCUCUUUGGCAGCUAUAUAUCAAAGGCAAAACAAUUGGGAAAGUUGUUAAGGUGUUGUUUUCUAAAGGAACCACUGGUAAGAGUUCUGCUUUCCUCCUGGGGUAGUGGCGAUGCAUUUUUAUUCAGGCAGCGAUUUCACCAGGAUCAGGUAGUUGUCAGCACCAUUGCUUGUCUCUGGAAGCACAAUUGUAGCUCGUCAGGAUUGUACAGUCUCCUGUGGGAUCUGGCUCUUCUGUCAUUGGCAUUUGCAUUGCAGACCACUGUAGCAGUACUGCAGACCACCUCCAGUACUUGUAGGUGGAUCAGAAAACUGGUGGGGUGUUUGGAAUCAUUAAGAAGCUCAGGAAAAAAAAAAAAAAAAAAGAAAAGGAAGUUAGAUUUAAUAAGGUAAAACAGCCCUGAUAGUUUCUGAUCUAAAUUUGCUCUACAGGUUUCUUAAAAUCUGGGCUUCCAGUAGACUGCAGCUGCGAGUAGUCAUCUCUGAGCGAAAACUGGCCUCUGCUUUGGUAUUUUACAUAUUUUUAAGUUAUGACAGCCAGUUAAUCAUAGAAUAGUUUGGGUUGGAAGGGACCUGAAACCCCAUCCAGUUCCAACCCCCUACCCUGGGCAGGGACACCUCCCACCAGACCAGGCUGCCCAAGGCCCCAUCCAGCCUGGCCUUGAACACCUCCAGGGAUGGGGCAGACACAGCUUCCCUGGGCAACCUGUUCUUUUUGUGGGUAAAGACAAGUCUCCCCAUAGAGCAAGUUCGUUAUCAGUGGUUGCAAAUCUCUGACAAUUCCUAGAGGAUUUCAUUGGUUAUCUAAGACCCUGUUGUCAUUUUUUCACCCUGAAGCUGGUUAGAGCUGUAACAUCUGCCAGUGAUCUAACCAAAAGGUCACAUAUUUAUUUUUGUUACACUAUAUUCUUUGUAAAUGUUUAAUUAAAAUGUGCACUUUUUUUUAAAAAAAAAAGAAACAAAAAAACAAAACCACAGAAUAAAGAAAAAUCAGAGCUUGAGCAGCUCCCUGGCACAGCUGUAAUCCUGCUGCCUGCCCACGAUUCACUCCUCGCCCCACAGCAGCUGAAUUCCCGCAGGUUUCCCUUGCUGGUAGCGCCUGGCAUUGCUGCAGAGCGGCAGGAGAUCCGAACUGGUGGUACUGAAGGCUGGAAAGAAUGAAGUGUGUGGUAUCUCAGAGCAGUGUGUACAGGAGGAAGGGGAAAUUAUUUUUAGAACAGAACUAGUUCAGUGGUCCCAAGUGGGAAAGGGAGGUUAAUUUGGAAGGAAAUCCAAACUGGUUUUCAGUCAAUUGGUUUCCCUUUUCUUAAUUUGAAACUUGGCUGCAAAUUUUACAAGCUACAUUCUGAGGAAAUAAAUCAAAAGUUUUUCCAAUUCUUUGGCACUGAGAUGUAAAGGUAUGUUGGCAAUGUGUCACCCUGCUUUAAAAGAGUAAGAAAAAAAAAAGCACAACCAUCUUUCUUUUGCAGGAACAACAAUAAUUUAUCUGUAACCCUGAAAUUCGUCACAGCAAGCAGAUUUCAAAAGCAUACAGUACGUGGAUGUUUCUCUGUGCUGUGCUGGAAACUCCGUUUCCCCGAGCUUUUGCGUUUGCUAGCUGUGAAAGACAUUGAUUUUGCAGAAACCCGGCUGUGUCGGGAAGCUCAGUUGGCCUGGAAGGAGCGAGACUGACGAAGAGAGCCGCGUGCUGAAAUCCUACCUACCGCGUGCUUGUGACAGGUUCAGGUCUGUGGAUGGAUAUGGCUUAAAUCUGUAGGUCUUAGGGGAAAAGGGCUCAGAUCCAGUUGGUAAAGAGGGUUUGCAUUUCAAGUGUUUUGCCUCGGAAUGCGUUUUUUAAAUGUAUUUAAGCUCUGGCUUACAAAGAGUUUAAAUUCGCUGGGGCUGCUUUGCGUGGCACAGGCGGAAGGCAGUGCCGUGUCUGUGUUGUGGCACUGCAAGCGCUGUUUUCGGCUCGCUGUGUAAGUGGUGAGUUCAGGUCUCGCUUUCGCCAGUGUGAGGCAGAACUCCGCUGUCCUCAGGAGCUGCGUGUGGGCAGGGAAAGGGCCAGGGCUGGGCUGUAAUCAUCCGCGGUCGGUGCACUCCGUAAGCUGACCGCUUACUGUACUCACAGCUUGGGAGCAGCGGGGUCGCUCGGUCUCGACCUUGGCUAUAUAUUUCUCUAAAUUAGGGAAUAGCUGAGCGAGAGCAGAGGGAGGGCGGCCCUUCGGCCAGGUGUAGUUAUCUGGCAACGGCCACUCCUAAGAGCUACGGAUGCUCAGAUGCUCUCCACAAGUUGUGUUUCAUCCAGGUGCCACUCCAUUUUUUUUGUGUGUAUAAUGACAUUUAUUUAUAUUAAAACAUUAUUUUGAAGAAGUUAUAGAGCUUCGAGUUUGUACGAGAUUUGAAACUGUGCUGCUUAUAUGGAUUUGUAGGGAUGAGAUGGGGAACAGGACAAGAGGUGGCAGUUGGCAGCCAACCCCUCCACAGACGUGUCCACAGACUGGGUGCUCACUUCAAAAAUGAUCUGUUUCUGCUCUCGAUUUAUAGAUAAGAAUUGUUCUGGAACAGUGUUUUUCAGGGAAGCUUCCAGAGCGAGGGUUAUUAUUCUCCCUUUGUCGUAAGGUGGAAAGAGUAAGUUCACCUCAUGUUCAUUUCUGAUUCCUCACCCAAACCAUGUCAGCACAGAACAGGGUAUUUGAGCUUGACUCCACGUACUUGUGGAACUUAAAAGACUAAAUGAAAACCCAUUAUUUGGGGAAAAUAAAUUCUUAUUUAUAUUUCCUCAAAAAUCUAGAAACAUCGCUGUUGUGGUUUUGUUUCGUUUUUUUUUUUUUUUUUACUUUUUUUUGUGCUUUGUUUUAAAAAAUGUACCGGGUUAUAAUGCAUUUUAUUAACACUAUGUACAUAUUAGCUGCUUUGUGUUUCAGAAUGGUAGUAAUUGCUUUGUAUAUUAAAGUGAUUCUUGUGAAUUUGUGAAUUAUUGUCAUAAAGAAGUGCUUUUUCUUACUGUAACCUUUGUGGUAUAAACUGUCAUAACUCCCUUUUUACACAAACAUUUAUGUGCAGUCACAUAAACAUGCUUUUAAAACCUCUAUAAAGUCUCUUUUUUGAGCAGGAUGUUCCAUUUACACUAAAUUAGUGACAAAUGGUAGCUGGACAGGAAUAUGGGAAAAGGCGUAUUUUAAGCAGACUGUGGCAUCCUCUCAUGAUCUGUGGCCCUGUAAGUGUUCAUAUUUUCUCCAGAGGGGAGAGUUUUAAAUCUUAAUUAAAUUGAAUUAGAUUACUGAGAGGUUAAAUCCCAAAGAACAAAGUGUUUCUUCCACUUCUGACAUUUUUAAACCUGCUUUCCAGUAUGUGUUCUGAUGGUAAUUAGUUGUGUUGUUUAAUAAUGUGUGAAGGACUUUUCCCUGUCAUGUGCUGCCUUUCCCACUUGUAAGCAUUCCUGUAAACCACGUACCACCGAUGUUAAUAACAGAGCAGAGCAGAAGGCAACGAACACAGCAAGGAUCGCAACCCGAUUAUAUAAUCUGCCAGGCUGGAUCCAAACACUGGGAUGAAAGCCAGGAGAACAAAUUCAACACUGAGGUAAACACCUCCAGUGAAAUCAAGGGGAAGCAGUAAGGUCAGCUUAUUGUGGCUGAGAUUUUGUGGUUUUCACAACAGAGCGUUUUCAUAAUGCCAUACACGUACUUGCUCAGAGAAAUCUGCAUCUCGGUAAGGAGGGAGAGUCCCAGACAAGGGUUAGCCCGUGGGAUAAAAAUGCAGUUUGGCAUGAAUUUUGCACUGAAGGAAUUUGGUAGCACAGAUCCCUGUGCAGUCAGUAGGUCAGCUGGUAAACCUGAUUCUUCUGACGCUGCUGGACCUUGGAAGAAGUUCAUCUGUAAGGUACAGAGCUGAAUUUCAUAUUCCAUUCCACAUCUUAAUAAUCAAUCAUCACUUCAGUUGCAGUGACAUCUAGAGAAGUUUGCUCCCUUGCAGAAUGGCACGUUGUCAGGGAUGGUUUCACAAUCUCACAGUGUGCUCACGUCUUACCUGGUCACUUCCCUGUGGCCUGGAUCCUCUCCCUAGGGUAUUAGAUUUGAUGUCCCCAGGGUGACAGAAAGUGCUUGGGCAGGGCGGUGGCAUCAUUGUCGAAGAGCCGCAGAAACAUUCAUGUGUAUCUCCCACCAGAGCAGAAGCUCACCUGGGACUUGACUGGUCAGGGCACCAGAGUUUGCAGGUGUCAUCGCAGAGGGCUGCUCUCUGCUCACCCACUGGGCAGUCGCACCUCUGCUACUUCUGUCCUGCAUGUCUGGUGUGGUUCUCCUGCCCUGAAGCCAAGUGUGACAGGAAUACAAGAAAGCUGCAAAGCCCAGCGAGGGACACUGCUCGGUGCCUGGUGCAUGGGGCUGUUAGCACUGCCCCGUGGGUUUCAUUCUCAUGGUGGGUCCCUGCCCCUAAGCACUGUGGCCUAGAAACCAACCAACCAAUGUGCAUGUGGAGUCUUAACAGUAAUAUUCCUGGGCCUGAUCUCCUGAGUUGAAAGGACACCCACACUCCAGAAGCAGUUGGGGGAGAUGUCCCCUUGAGAGGGUGCCACUUGCUGAGCUGGGGAGGGGCCACCCGGACAGGUCAUAGAAUGGUUUGGGUUGGAAGGGGCUUUAAAGCCCAUCCAGUUCCAAACCCCCUACCCUGGGCAGGGACACCUCCCACCAGACCAGGCUGCCCAAGGCCCCAUCCAGCCUGGCCUUGAACACCUCCAGGGAUGGGGCAGCCACAGCUUCCCUGGGCAACCUGGGCCAGUGCCUCACCACUCUCAUGGUGAAGAAAUUCCUCCUUAUGUCCAGUCUAAAUCUGCCCCUCUCCAGUUUAUACCCAUUGUGCCUCAUCCUAUCGCUACAAAGCUUUAUAAAAACUUCCUCCCCAGCUUUCCGGUAGCCCCUUUCAGGUCCUGGAAGGUCACUAUAAGGUCUCCUUGGAGCCUUCUCUUCUCCAGGCUGAACAAACCCAACUCUCUCAGCCUGUCCUCAUAGGGAAGGUGCUUCAGCCCUCUGAUCAUCCUUGUAGCCCUCCUCUGGACCUGUUCCAACAGUUCCAUAUCCUUCUUAUGUUGAAGAUUCCAGAACUGGACACAGUAUUCCAGAUGAGGUCUCACAAGAGAGGAAUAGAGGGACAGAAUCUCCUCCCUUGACCUGCUGGCCACGGUUUUUUUGAUGCAGCUCGGGACACGGUUGGCCUUUUGGGCUGUGAGCACACGUUGCCGGCUCACGUCAAACUUCUCAUCAA